AUGGAGACGCAGCUGCAGAGCAUCUUCGAGGAGGUGGUGAAAACAGAAAUUAUAGAAGAGGCUUUCCCAGGCAUGUUUAUGGAUUCUCCUGAAGAUGAAAAAACAAAACUCAUCAGCUGUUUGGCAGCCUUCAGACAGUUUUGGAGUGGCCUUUCUCAGGAGUCCCAUGAACAAUGCAUCCAGUGGAUUGUUAAAUUUAUUCACAGCCAACAUAGUCCUAAAAGAAUUUCUUUUCUGUAUGACUGCCUAGCAAUGGCAGUUGAGACUGGUCUUCUUCCACCCAGGAUGGUUUGUGAAUCUCUGAUAAACUCUGACACUCUAGAAUGGGAAAGGACACAGCUUUGGGCCUUAACAUUUAAGCUCAUUCGGAAAAUAAUUGGGGGAGUGGAUUACAAGGGUGUUCGUGAUCUCUUAAAAGUGAUUUUAGAGAAAAUCUUGACCAUCCCUAAUACAGUGAGCUCUGCUGUUGUACAGCAGCUUCUGGCAGCAAGAGAGGUUAUAGCUUACAUCUUGGAGCGGAAUGCCUGCUUAUUACCAGCCUAUUUUGCAGUCACAGAGAUCAGGAAGCUCUAUCCCGAGGGAAAACUUCCACACUGGCUACUUGGAAACCUGGUAUCGGACUUUGUGGAUACCUUCAGGCCCACAGCAAGGAUUAACUCCAUUUGUGGCCGUUGCAGUCUUCUGCCAGUUGUAAAUAACUCCGGUGCCAUUUGUAACUCAUGGAAACUGGAUCCUGCAACUCUUCGUUUUCCUUUGAAGGGCCUUUUGCCUUAUGAUAAGGAUCUGUUUGAACCACAGACUGCUUUGUUGAGAUAUGUAUUGGAACAACCUUAUUCCAGGGAUAUGGUCUGCAAUAUGCUAGGUUUAAAUAAGCAGACCUUGAACAUUGCUCAGCACAAGCAGCGAUGCCCUGUGCUGGAGGACCAGUUGGUGGACCUGGUGGUGUAUGCCAUGGAGCGGUCUGAGACUGAGGAGAAGUUUGACGAUGGGGGAACAAGCCAACUCCUGUGGCAGCAUCUAUCGAGUCAGCUCAUUUUCUUUGUGCUUUUCCAGUUUGCCAGUUUUCCACAUAUGGUCCUUUCUCUUCAUCAAAAGUUGGCAGGGCGAGGACUGAUUAAAGGCAGAGACCACCUCAUGUGGGUUCUGCUCCAGUUCAUUUCUGGAAGUAUUCAGAAGAAUGCACUAGCUGAUUUUCUCCCUGUCAUGAAGCUCUUUGAUCUUCUGUACCCAGAAAAAGAAUGUAUCCCAGUUCCAGAUAUUAACAAGCCCCAGUCAACUCAUGCCUUUGCAAUGACUUGUAUUUGGAUCCAUCUUAAUAGAAAAGCCCAAAAUGGCAACUCCACGCUACAGAUUCCAAUACCUCAUUCCCUGAAGCUUCACCAUGAGUUCCUACAACAGAGUCUAAGAAAUAAAAGUUUACAGAUGAAUGACUAUAAGAUUGCCUUGCUGUGUAAUGCAUAUUCCACAAAUUCAGAGUGUUUUACGUUACCUAUGGGAGCCCUGGUAGAAACUAUUUAUGGAAAUGGAAUUAUGAGAGUGCCCCUCCCUGGAACAAGCUGUUUGGCUUCAGCAUCUAUAACGCCCUUACCCAUGAACCUCCUGGACUCACUCACAGUUCAUGCCAAGAUGAGCCUUAUUCACAGUAUUGCAACCAGAGUGAUAAAACUUGCUCAUACUAAAUCGAGUGUGGCGUUGGCUCCAGCCCUGGUGGAAACGUACAGUCGUUUAUUGGUCUAUAUGGAAAUAGAGUCUUUGGGCAUCAAAGGAUUUAUCAGUCAGCUCUUGCCUACUGUCUUCAAGUCUCAUGCCUGGGGCAUUUUGCACACACUUCUGGAGAUGUUCAGCUACCGGAUGCACCACAUCCAGCCUCAUUACCGAGUUCAGCUGCUGAGCCAUCUUCAUACUUUGGCUGCAGUUGCACAAACAAACCAGAAUCAGCUCCAUCUUUGUGUUGAGAGCACUGCAUUGAGGCUUAUCACAGCAUUAGGCAGCUCGGAGGUCCAGCCACAGUUUACACGUUUCCUUAGUGAUCCCAAAACAGUGCUGUCAGCAGAAUCUGAAGAACUGAACCGAGCCUUGAUAUUGACCUUAGCCAGAGCAACUCACGUCACAGAUUUUUUUACAGGCUCUGAUUCAAUCCAGGGAACUUGGUGUAAAGAUAUACUUCAGACCAUCAUGAAUUUUACUCCUCAUAAUUGGGCUUCACAUACCCUUAGUUGUUUUCCAGCCCCCCUACAGGCAUUCUUCAAGCAAAAUAAUGUACCUCAGGAAAGUCGUUUUAAUUUGAAAAAAAAUGUCGAAGAGGAGUAUAGGAAGUGGAAGUCAAUGACGGACGAAAAUGAAAUCAUUACUCAGUUUUCUGUGCAAGGCUUUCCUCCCCUUUUCCUCUGUCUACUCUGGAAAAUGCUCUUGGAAACAGAUCAUAUUAGUCAGAUUGGCUAUCGAGUAUUAGAGAGAAUUGGGGCCAGAGCCUUGGUGGCCCACGUUAGAACAUUUGCAGAUUUCCUGGUAUACGAGUUCUCUACAUCUGCAGGAGGUCAGCAACUCAAUAAAUGCAUUGAAAUUCUUAAUGACAUGGUAUGGAAGUAUAACAUUGUUACACUGGACAGAUUAAUUCUCUGCCUGGCCAUGCGCAGUCAUGAAGGAAAUGAAGCCCAGGUUUGUUAUUUCAUAAUUCAGUUGCUGCUACUCAAACCAAAUGACUUUAGAAAUCGAGUGAGUGACUUUGUGAAGGAAAAUUCCCCAGAGCACUGGCUCCAGAAUGACUGGCACACCAAGCACAUGAACUAUCACAAGAAAUAUCCAGAGAAGCUAUAUUUUGAAGGGCUGGCAGAACAGGUUGACCCUCCUGUCCCGAUUCAGUCCCCCUAUCUGCCCAUCUAUUUUGGAAAUGUGUGUCUCCGGUUCCUCCCAGUAUUUGAUAUUGUAAUCCACAGAUUUCUAGAAUUGCUCCCAGUAUCCAAAUCACUGGAGACUUUACUGGACCAUCUAGGAGGCUUAUAUAAAUUUCAUGAUCGACCAGUGACUUAUCUGUACAAUACUUUGCACUAUUAUGAAAUGUGCCUGAGAAACCGUGACCAUCUCAAACGAAAGCUUGUCCAUGCAAUCAUUGGCUCACUCAAAGAUAAUCGGCCACAGGGCUGGUGUCUCAGUGACACUUACCUGAAGCAUGCUAUGAAUGCCCGCGAGGACAAUCCUUGGGUUCCAGAGGACUCCUACUAUUGCAAGCUGAUUGGUAGACUGGUAGAUACAAUGGCUGGAAAGUCUCCUGGUCCCUUCCCAAACUGUGACUGGAGAUUCAAUGAGUUCCCCAACCCUGCAGCCCAUGCUCUGCAUGUCACUUGUGUGGAACUCAUGGCUUUAGCGGUUCCAGGCAAAGAUGUUGGGAAUGCCCUUCUGAAUGUCGUCCUGAAAAGUCAGCCUUUAGUGCCAAGAGAGAACAUUACCGCAUGGAUGAAUGCAAUUGGUUUGAUCAUCACUGCCCUACCAGAGCCAUAUUGGAUUGUCCUUCACGAUCGAAUUGUGAGUGUUAUCAGCAGUUCAAGCCUGACGUCGGAAACAGAGUGGGUCGGCUAUCCAUUCCGCCUCUUCGACUUCACCGCUUGUCAUCAGUCCUACUCAGAGAUGAGCUGCAGCUAUACACUAGCUCUCGCACAUGCUGUGUGGCACCACUCCAGCAUCGGGCAGCUUUCCCUCAUUCCGAAGUUUCUCACUGAAGUACUUCUUCCUAUAGUGAAGACUGAAUUCCAGUUGCUUUAUGUGUAUCAUCUUGUAGGACCAUUUUUACAAAGAUUUCAGCAGGAGAGAACUCGGUGUAUGAUAGAGAUUGGUGUGGCAUUUUAUGACAUGCUGUUGAAUGUAGACCAGUGUAGCACCCACUUAAAUUACAUGGAUCCCAUCUGUGACUUCCUGUAUCACAUGAAGUAUAUGUUUACUGGUGACAGCGUAAAGGAGCAAGUAGAGAAGAUUAUCUGUAAUUUAAAACCAGCUUUAAAGCUCCGCCUUCGAUUCAUCACACACAUUAGCAAGAUGGAACCAGCAGUGCCUCCACAAGCCUUAAACAGUGGGUCUCCAGCGCCUCAGUCUAACCAGGUGCCAGCGACCCUGCCAGUGACUCAGUAAAGCCAGAGACACUGAUAAGGAUCACAUCUGCCUGUGAAAGGGACUGGAGUGUCUCCUCAAUCUGAACACUGUGUGCUGUUGGGAUGUAUAGAAGUGACAGCAUGUUCAUGUUCAGAUUGGCUUAUUUUGAUUCAAAUAUUGAAUCUUUUGACACCUUAUAAUUCCCUUCUCCCUGUCUGUAUUUUUAUCUCUACGAGAUUAAGAAGCUACCUGUUGUUCACACUCAUAACUUUCUUUUAGAGCCUCUCAGGAACACAGAGGCGUCUGUAGUCCAGUGGUUUUUAAACAAACACCCUCAGUCUUUCCCAUUUCAGUUGUUUUAAUUAUGGUGAUAAGUGACAUCUUUACUUUUUAUGUACAUUAUUUUAAAGACACAACAAAUGUAAAAUGCUCACUACCCUUUUAUACAGAAUGUCCUUUGGUGCAUCUUCACAAUAAUAGAGUUAUUUUUUUUUCCAAGAUUCAUAUUCAUUUUUAACUGGCUGUAAAACUUCAUUGUAAAUUUCCAAAUAAAUAAUCUAAGGUUUCUACCAGGGCCGACUGGCAGUUUUGUUUUGUUUUUUUAAAACUUUGCUUUGGACUUAACGUAUAAAAUGAGUUAGAAGUCAUGUGAAGAAAUAACAACUGAAAAUGUAUAGAUUUGAAUAAAGCCGUGCUCAAAUUUGA